CGCGAAGUGCCGCCCUCUAACCGGUAUCUUCUCCACUCGGCCAUAGUGCUCCUCUCCCCUUCCCCUCUACUCUGAGUUCGCUUUCUCAAGAGCUCCGAUGGCUGAACUAGCGGCCAGCCUGGUGGUGGGCCCACUGGUGUCCCUGGUGAAGGAGAAGGCGUCCAACUAUCUCCUGGACAAGUACAAGGUGAUGGAGGGUAUGGAGAAGCAGCACGAACUCCUCAAGCGCAAGCUGCCUGCCAUCCUCGACGUCAUCGCCGACGCUGAGAAGCAGGCGUCCCACCGGAAAGGAGUGAAGGUAUGGCUUGGCGUGCUCAAGACGGUGGCAUACCAGGCGAUCGACAUCUUUGAUGAGUUCGAGUAUGAGGCGCUCCGUCGUCAAGCCAAGAAGAAUGGGCACAUCACCAAGCUUGGCAUGGCUGGAGUAAAGCUCUUUCCUACUCACAACCGUGUUAUAUUCCGUAUCAGGAUGGCCAGCAAGCUUCAACGCGUUGUUGACGCCAUCAAGGACCUUGUGGAUGAAAUGAACGACUUUGGGUUCAACAAGCUUCAACGCCAGGCACCAGCACUGAAGGAGGGGCGUGAGACGGAUUCCAAUAUCGUUGAUCCUAAAAAUAUUGUUAGCCGAUCUAGGCAUGAGGAAAGGAAGAAAAUUGUUGAGAUAUUGGUCAACGAUCAAGCUACCAAUGGUGAUCUCAAGGUUCUUCCCAUCGUUGGAAUGGGAGGUUUGGGCAAGACCACCCUCGCUCAGCUCAUCUACAACGAUCCUCAAGUCAAGGAUCAUUUUCAGCUACUAAAGUGGGUGUGUGUGUCAGAUGAUUUCAAUCUGCGUAAUCUUGCCAACAAAAUUUGUAACGCUUCGGAGGGUUCCCUUGAAGAGGCACUGAAGGAGCUUCAGGAACAGCUUAAGGGAAAGAGGUACCUUCUUGUAUUGGAUGACGUAUGGGAUGAGGAGAGCUUCUUGGACAAGUGGGAAAGGUUCAAGGCCUGUCUUGAACAAGGUGGUGUCGGUAGUGCCAUACUGACAACCACCCGUAACACAGAAAUAGCUCAAUUAAUGGGUACAGUUGGAAUCUCACACGAAAGGAAAUACCUUGAUGUCGGAACUUUGGGCAAGGAAUUCAUACAGGAAAUUAUUGAAACAAGAGCAUUCAGUUUGCAUAAGCGAGAUGAGCUUGUAAACCUGGUUGGUUCGAUUGCAGAGAGAUGUGCUGGGUCUCCAUUGGCAGCCAAAGCUCUGGGGUCUAUAUUGCGUAACAAGACCACUACGGAAGAAUGGGAGGAUGUGCUACAGAGAAGCAGCAUAUGCACUGUUGAGACUGGAAUUUUGCCUAUACUUAAGCUUAGCUACGAUGAAUUGCCAACUGACAUGAAGCCAUGCUUUGCUUUUUGUGCUCUGUAUCCAAAGGAUUAUCAAAUUGAUGUGGACAACCUUAUCCAACUAUGGAUGGCUAAUGGUUUUAUCGUCUCAGAACAAAACAAGGUACCAAUUGAAACCGUGGGUAAACGGAUUGUCAACGAGAUGGUUUCAAGGUCAUUGUUCGAGUAUGUGGAGCAAGAUCCAACAAGGUUCGAGUAUAGUUCUACAACUUUUUUGAAGAUCCAUGACCUUAUGCACGAUGUUGCAAUGUCUGCUACAGGAAAAGAGUGCAUAUAUAUAACUCGUGAAAUGAAUGAAAGUGGUGAAUUACUUCCAAGUGCUACCCGCCAUAUACAUUUUGAAAGACGAAGUAUUGCAAAUAUUGAUAUUUUAUCUCGUUCCAUUGGGAAAAUGUCUAUACCUAUCCGAACGAUGUUUGUUGAGUACUAUGGAGAUGUGCUGCAUUCAUCCAAAUAUAGUUCUCUGCGAGCACUUGCUCUACCAAGAUUUGCCAAAGCAUCUUUGCCAAUAAAACCAAAGCAUCUGCACCACCUUAGGUACCUUGAUAUCUCUAAGAGUACAGUCGAAGCACUUCCAGAUGACAUAAGCAUACUAUAUAAUUUUCAGACACUUAAACUUUCUGGUUGUGAGAAACUUAGUAUGCUUCCGAAGCAAAUGAAGUACAUGACUGCCCUUUGUCAUCUCUACACUGAUGGAUGCAGGAAGUUACAGUGUAUGCCUCCGGAGCUUGGACGACUCACCUCUCUUCGAACCCUUACAUGCUUUGUAGUGAGCAGUGACUCGGAUUGUAGUAGUCUUGGAGAGCUAAAAAAUUUGAACAUUGGUGGUUCACUAGAGCUAAAGCAGCUCGAAAAUGUGACAGAAGCAAGAAAUGCAAAACAAGCAAAUCUUGGAAAUAAGAAGGAACUGAGACAGCUGUCAUUAAGGUGGACACGUGGUAAGGAGGAGGAACAGCAAUGUAACGAGGUGCUAGAGGUUCUCGAAGUUCAUGAUAGACUACUAGCUCUAGAAAUACACGCCUACCAAGGCACCAAUUUUCCAUUAUGGAUGGGUGUUUUAAGAAACAUGGUUGAGCUUCGGCUAUAUGGUUGUAGCAAAUCUGAGCAGCUUCCUCCAUUGUGCCAGUUACCAGCACUACAGCUUCUUCAUUUGGUAGGAUUGACAAAGUUGCAGUUCUUGUGCAGCAGUUGUACAUCCUCCACAUUUGGAAAGCUCAAGGAUCUUAAGCUUGUUUUUCUUGGUAAUUUUGAUAGGUUUUAUGAUCAGGUAGUGCAAGAAGAGCUAGUAGCAUUUCCUCAGCUCGAGAAAUUGUAUAUUAAAGGCUGCGGAAAAUUGACAGCAUUGCCAGAAGCGGGAGUGCUCAGAAAAUGGUAUGAUGGUGGAGAAUAUACAAUGGUCCGCUCAGCAUUCCCAGGAUUGAAGAGCCUCAUAUUGAUAAGUUUACGGAGCUUUGAGAAUGGGAACAUGCACUAUUCCCUUUGCUUGAGACUGUCCGUAUUCGUAGUUGCAACAAGUUAACCACUCUGCCUAGAGCACCAAAGCUCAGGGAACUAUGCCUAUCUAUGACUUAUUGUGAAGAAAACCAACAGAGGUCCCUGGGAGCAACUAGAUAUAUGACGUCACUGUCCAAUUUGAAAUUGGAAAGAGUCGAGGUGGAUGGCAAGGACAAAUGGGACUAUAUUUCAUCUGUGACAAAUAUGCACCUUAACUACUGCAGUUUGUUCUUCCAAUCACAUGCACUAGCUCUGUGGGCUUGUUUUCGGCAGCUGCAAGAUCUGGAUAUCUGUUCCUCGAAUGACCUAAUCUGCUGGCCGGAAAAUGAGUUCCAAAAUUUGGUUUCCUUGCGGAGGCUGAAAAUUGGGCAUUGCAAGAGUCUGGUUGGAUAUGCUCCUGACCAG